AGUGGAGCCCCGCCCAGCGCCUACGGCAGCGCGGGGGACCCAAGAGGCCGCGGCGGCAGCAGCAGCAGCGCGGGGACCCAGCGGGGCAGCGCGGGGCCGAGCCGGAGCCACAAAUCUUCUGCCUAGUAAGCACGACUGGUAUGGGUAAUGGUGUGAAGGAAGGUCAAGUGGGUUUAAAACAGAAUGGCGUGGAGCCAAUUGUACCAACCCAUGUUCUAUCUGAGGGGAGCCCGGAUAAAAGGAAAGUGAUCAACUCCCUGAUGUCUGGUGCAUUGGCUGGCGCUGUUGCAAAAACAGCAGUAGCCCCGCUAGAUAGGACGAAAAUCAUAUUUCAAGUGUCUGCAAACAGAUUUUCUGCCAAGGAAGCCUAUAGGCUGAUCUAUCGCACCUACCUCAAUGACGGCUUCUUGAGCCUGUGGCGUGGGAACUCGGCCACGAUGGUCCGGGUGAUCCCAUAUGCUGCCAUCCAGUUCUGUGCGCACGAAGAGUACAAGCAACUCCUGGGAAGCUACUACGGCUUUCAUGGAAAAACGUUGACUCCUUUGCCCAGAUUCGUUGCUGGCUCGCUGGCAGGAACAACAGCUGCCAUGUUAACCUACCCUUUGGACCUGGUGCGAGCUCGAAUGGCUGUCACGCCGAAGGAGAUGUACAGCAAUAUCCUCCAUGUCUUCAUCCGAAUCUCCCGGGAGGAGGGGCUGAAGACCUUGUACAGGGGCUUUGCGCCCACCAUCCUUGGGGUGAUCCCAUACGCCGGGCUUAGCUUCUUCACCUACGAGUCGCUGAAGAAACUGCAUGCAGAUCACAGUGGGAGAGCCCAGCCAUACCCCCUGGAACGUCUCGCAUUUGGCGCCUGUGCAGGCUUGAUCGGCCAGUCGGCCUCCUACCCUCUGGACGUGGUGCGUCGGCGAAUGCAGACGGCCGGAGUCAUGGGACACGUGUACGGUUCCAUCCUACCCACCAUGCGAGAGAUUAUAAGAGAAGAGGGACUAAUCCGAGGCUUGUACAAAGGACUCAGCAUGAACUGGGUCAAAGGUCCAAUCGCAGUGGGAAUAAGUUUCACAACCUUUGACCUUACCCAGAUCCUUCUCCGUAAAUUACAGAUCAGCACUAAUAUUGAAAGGUAGUGGCUUCAUUUCCAAAGUAUUACAGGGGAGAAGUACUCUGUGUGUGUCUAGCAAACACUAGCAUUGUCCCAUUUUAUUAGUGCUACCCCCUGCUGCUGAGAUUUUACUUCUUGUUUUUGUUUUUUUUUAAAUGAGCCUCCCAGUUAUCCCCAAACCCAGACAUGCAAUUAACCUUCACCAAAUGGAAUUCUCCCUGUGGUUCUGGGUGACAGCAGAGCUGCCUUCUCUAGGGUAGCUGCCUCCGUCUUGUGUUUAACUCUUCGAUACACACUAAGCUAUUGCUGACUUCUCUCCUGGGCUCAUUGGGUUGAUGAGGUGGUGUGGAGGGGACGCCAGUCUGCCUGGAUGGAGCUGGAAAUCCGGGAGGUGAAAGCUGUUCCAGCUACGCAGUUCUUAGUAACUACACAUCGGUAAGCACCCUGGCAAGCAGUAUUUCAGUCGGUCUGCAAUGAACUUCACAUGUGAGUUGAGAGGGUUAAUAGCCUUUGAAAUGGAACAUCCAGGAUUUAAGUUUUUUAUUUAAAAAUAAUUUUUUACUCCAGAAUUUGGAUGUGUGCUCUGGCUGGAAGUGUGGAAGUGUUCCUUCCUUCAGAUAUCGUUUGUUCUGGUUUUACUUUGUGUUGAACAAAACAUUAUAAUGUCCCUCUAUAAAAUUAGCAAAGACUCUGGAGUUAGAUCAACUUUCAAUCUGGAAUUCCUGUGCCUGCCAUCAGCACUGCCUGGAUUCAGUCGAAACAGUGUUGCUUUCAGACUACUUUAAAAACCCCUCUAUCCGGAGUUGUUGUAUUUUUAAACACAGCAUUUUCGGAAGGAUUUAGCAAAUUGCAGUAUUAAGACUGGAGAUUAAGAAGGGGAAGUGUUACACACUCAAAGUUUUUAAUGAAUUAUAUCCUUCAUUAUUGUGGUUGCUGCUUAAACUGCAAUGUGAGAAUAAACUCUGGGGUGGGUGUCAGCACACCUAUGAAUAACCUAUCAAGGUGGCUGUUUUUAAUGGGUUCAACCUCAUCUUUGUCUAAAGCUGUCGGCCCUGCUUUGGAACACCCUCGGUGUAUGCACUCCGUGGGUCAUGUCACCUCAGCUGAUUAACUUUGAUUCCAUUAGCUUAUUCUAGAAUUGUACUGGACCAACUUGGCUCAUAGAAAAUAAACUCAGUUUACCAAGA